GCAUCGCGGCGCGGUGCCGUUGCGCUCAGGUACGGGCAUGACAUCCGUCCUCGGCGGCAGCAGGGCGUCGGGAGGGCCGAGCGGGCAGCUGAAAUGCAAGUCCAAGAGGAGAAGGAGGAGGAGAUCGAAGAGGAAAGAAAAAGUAAGCAUACUGUCAACCUUUAUAGCACCCUUCAAGUAUCUGAGUCCUGGUUCAAGCACCAUGGAGGAUGAAGAUAAUUUAAGUACCAGCAGUGCAGAAGUAAAGGAAAAUCGAAACACUGGCAACCUGGAGGAUCAUCCAGUAUCCUCCAAUGAGAGGCCAAGAGGGGGAACACCUAGCAGUAAGAGAAAAAGACCCCUAGAGGAUGGCAAUAAUGGCCAUUUCUGCAAACUCCAACUCAUCUGGAAGAAAGUAUCGUGGUCAGUGACACCAAAGAAUGCUCUGGUCCAGCUACAUGAACUUAAACCUGGUUUACAAUACAAAAUGGUUUCCCAGACAGGUCCAGUGCACGCUCCAGUCUUUGCUGUUGCUGUGGAAGUGAAUGGACUUACGUUUGAAGGCACAGGACCCACAAAAAAGAAAGCUAAAAUGCGUGCUGCAGAGCUCGCUCUGAAGUCAUUCGUUCAGUUCCCCAACGCCUGCCAAGCUCACUUUGCCAUGGGGAACUGCAUUAACCCAUCCACGGACUUUACUUCUGAUCAGGCAGACUUCCCAGAUACUCUGUUCAAGGAGUUUGAACCAUCCACACACAGUGAGGACUUUUCGGUCUAUAACCCAGUUAAUAACGAGUUGCUUUCCACCGCUUAUCGACAUGGGCGCUUACUCUGCCACACAUUGGACUUAAUGGGCCACGGUAAGCAGAACAGACAUAAGAUGGCAUCCAAAGCGGAGAGCGAGAAGAACCCAGUGGUGCUGCUAAAUGAGCUGCGGUCAGGCCUGCGGUAUGUCUGCCUGUCGGAGACCGUGGAGAAGCAGCACAUCAAGAGUUUUGUGAUGGCGGUGCGAGUAGACGGGAGAACAUUUGAAGGCUCAGGACGCAGCAAGAAGCUGGCUAAGGGCCAAGCAGCGCAGGCCGCACUGCAGGCCCUCUUUAACAUUCGGCUGCCCAGUCACACUCCCAGCAGGAGUAAAUGUCACCAUUUGCCACAGGACUUUGCGGACUCCGUGUACCAAAUGGUUACACAGAAGUUCCAGGAGGUGACAGACAAUUUCACUUCCAUGCAUGCACGCCACAAAACUCUUGCAGGAAUUGUGAUGACCAAAGGUUUGGACAUCAGGCAAGCUCAGGUUAUUGUGCUGUCAUCGGGUACCAAAUGUAUAAAUGGGGAAUACAUUAAUGACCAAGGGCUUGUGGUCAACGACUGCCAUGCAGAAAUUGUGGCAAGAAGGGCAUUUAUUCACUUCCUCUACUCACAGCUGGAGCUACACUUAAGCAAACGGCGAGAAGACUGGGAGCGAUCAAUCUUCGUGCGAUUAAAAGAGGGAGGCUACAGGCUGCAGGAGAACAUCCUGUUCCAUCUGUACGUGAGCACUUCGCCCUGUGGGGACGCACGCCUCAACUCCCCCUACGAAAUCACAACUGACUUGAACAGCAGCAAGCACAUAGUGAGAAAGUAUCGAGGGCAUCUCCGAACAAAGAUCGAGUCUGGAGAAGGAACCAUCCCGGUGCGGUGCCAUAACGCGGCUCAGACGUGGGACGGCGUGCUGCUGGGCGAGCAGCUCAUCACCAUGUCCUGCACAGACAAAAUUGCCAGAUGGAACAUCCUUGGGCUCCAAGGUGCUCUUCUCAGCUCUUUCAUCGAACCCAUGUACUUGCACAGCAUCGUUGUGGGAAGCCUCUAUCACACUGGUCACCUUUCCCGGGUAAUGAGCCAUAGAAUAGAAGACAUUGGUCAGCUGCCAGCUUCAUAUCGGCACAAUCAGCUUCUUCUCAGUGGGGUUAGUCACGCUGAUGCGCGGCAGCCUGGAAAAUCUCCCAGCUUCAGUGUGAAUUGGAUUGUGGGAAACGCCGAUCUGGAAGUUAUCAACGCCACAACAGGGAAGAGGAACUGUGGGAGCCCCUCCCGGCUCUGCAAGCACAUGUUCUUCGCUCGCUGGGCAAAGCUUCAUGGCAAGCUGAGCACGCGAACACCAAGCCAUGGAGACGUGCCAUCGAUGUACAGCGAGGCGAAGCUAGUGGCUCAGACAUACCAGGCUGUCAAGCAGCAGCUGUUUAAGGCAUUUCAGAAAGCUGGGCUGGGCACCUGGGUGAAGAAACCCCCAGAGCAAGAUCAGUUCCUACUGACUGUGUAAAUCGCUCGACACCUUUGCUAUGCGACCAGAUCAAAUCGGCUGGUGAGGAGGCUGGGCGGGACUGAGAAUUGAAGCAAUUUGGUAUUUAAUAGCAACCUCCACUGAAGUAUUUUCUUUUAACUCUGUAUUGGAAAAACAUAAAUAUAAAUGUGUCUGAUGCACUGAAGUCGACUUCAGAAAACUGCUUUUUCAUGAUCCCUUCCCAAGAAUGUACCUGCCCAAAUUAGAAUGCCAAUCCCACAAAGAUUUUGCUUGUCAUAGUUUAACGCUGUUGGUAUUCACAGUCUGAGGCAUUAGCAGGCCACCUGGUUGAUCCCAAACAGAGUUUGUUUUCCCUCACAGAGUCAGUGCAAGAAUCAUCACUGAAUAAUGGAAAAUAGUAAGCAGAGAUGGAAGCACCCCAGGCACUCAGCAAGGCACUGGGCAUCCAUAAUCAUCCACAAAUAAAGGUGUUGAACCUCUAUGCAAAAUCAUCCUGUUCACUGCCUGAAUCUGUGAUAAAGAAUUUGGGCCUUGAAGAUAUGCAGAAUUUUUAAGCUCCGCUAACCCACUGCUGGCUCUGAGCACGAUGCUGGGCGUCAGCUUUCCCUUGGUGUUUACACUGCUCUCCUCUGAUGCUGUGGACAUACUACUUCCCACCACACCUCCAAUCCUGGCUGUGAGUUUUGCACACUACAAAUCUGAAUUAUCUGAGCCCAUUCACACCACACGUGGCCCCUUAUAAACCAGCUGGGUGUCCCUCACCCCACUGCAGUGCCACUGGGGCUGGUGCUCUCCAUGGUGCUGGGCUGUAGGUGAGGACCGCUGCGAAGGAUGCUCCUGGGUCCAGAGAUCAGGGAGCCGCUGCAAAUCAUUCAGGCUGCAGCCAGCACCCAGGGCCUCAGAUGUCUCAGCUCCUGAGAAUCCACUGCUCUAAAUAAAGUUGGUGUGAGCUCAGGACGCUCCCAGCUGUGUUGGGUAUCCACAACAGAGAUAUCCCAAACUAGGCAGUAGGUUUGGUACUUGGCUCUUUCCUGCCUCAGUUUCUCCAUCCGCAAAAUGGGGAUAAUAACAUCUACUUCACAUCUAAAGUAGGCAGGAACAGAGUGUUUUGGCCAGAUCCCACAUAAGCCAGAUGCUGUCACAUUUACAGUGAGUUUCACCUCUGCACAUAGUCCAAUUGACAUAAGUGCAGUAAAUAGAACUACAAGCCUGGGUAACAUCCUUCUCCGCGUAAGAGUUUCCAGAUUCUAACUCUGUAUA